UCUCCCCGCCUCCCGGCCCCGCGGGGAGGGACCGGCCCGCCCUCCGUGGAGUGUGAGCGGCGCCCGGGCCGCCCAGCCAGCCCGCCGUUCCCCGGCCGCCGUCCGGGCGCGCGCAGCCAGCGGGCGCGACUAUGCCAAAAUGGUCCUGCAGGCGCGGAACAAGCACCGGGAGGCGGCCCCCAAGCCGCCCCAGCCGUCCCGUGCCUCGCAGUCGCCGCUGAGGGGGGCGCCGGACGCCGGCGCCGGGGAGCCCGGGCCCGAGCGCGCGCUUCAGUCCCUCGGGCGCAAGGGCGCCGCGAGCAGGAAGGGGCCCCGCGCCGAGCCCGCCGCGCCGCCCUCUCGGGGCGGUCUCGGGGGGAGCCUGGCAGCUGGGCUGCGCGGGGCGCUGGGCCUGCGGCGCGCGGGGCGCGGCCGGACCUGGACCACGCUCCUGCUAGCUGCCUUUGCAGCAGUGUUGCACUGGAGCCAUAUAACACACCUCUUUGAAAAUGAUCGGCAUUUUUCUCACCUCUCGACAUUGGAAAGAGAGAUGGCUUUUCGCACUGAAAUGGGAUUAUAUUAUUCCUACUUCAAGACCAUUGUGGAAGCACCCUCGUUUUUGAAUGGAGUGUGGAUGAUUAUGAACGACAAGCUGACUGAAUACCCCCUUGUUAUUAAUACAUUAAAAAGGUUCAACCUUUACCCUGAGGUAAUCUUAGCCAGCUGGUACCGGAUUUAUACCAAAGUGAUGGACUUGAUUGGCAUUCAAACCAAGAUAUGUUGGACGGUUACCAGAGGGGAAGGACUCAGUCCAAUCGAAAGCUGUGAAGGACUGGGAGAUCCUGCUUGCUUUUAUGUUGCUGUGAUUUUUAUUUUAAAUGGACUAAUGAUGGCAUUAUUCUUCAUAUAUGGCACAUAUUUAAGCGGCAGCCGAUUAGGAGGCCUGGCUACAGUGUUGUGCUUCUUUUUCAAUCAUGGAGAGUGUACCCGUGUGAUGUGGACACCCCCUCUGCGAGAAAGCUUCUCAUAUCCAUUCCUUGUUCUUCAGAUGUUGCUUGUGACUCAUAUUCUCAGGGCUACAAAACUUUACAGAGGAAGCCUCAUCGCACUCUGCGCUUCCAAUGUGUUUUUCAUGCUUCCCUGGCAGUUUGCGCAGUUUGUGCUUCUUACUCAGACUUUGUGGACCAUCGACAAUGGUAUACUGGCAAUGAAACCACAUUUCUUGAAAAUAAAUGUAUCUGAACUUAGUUUAUGGGUUAUCCAGGGAUGUUUUUGGUUAUUUGGAACUGUCGUACUCAAGUACUUGACAUCUAAAAUCUUUGGCAUUGCAGAUGAUGCUCAUAUUGGCAACUUACUGACAUCAAAAUUCUUCAGUUACAAGGAUUUUGAUACUUUGUUGUAUACCUGUGCGGCAGAGUUUGACUUUAUGGAAAAGGAGACUCCACUGAGAUACACGAAGACGUUGCUGCUUCCGGUGGUUCUCGUUGUGUUUCUUGCGAUUGUUAGGAAGAUUAUUAGUGACAUGUGGGGUGUCUUAACUAAACAACAGACGCAUAUAAGAAAACACCAGUUUGAUCAUGGAGAGCUGGUUUAUCACGCAUUGCAACUGGUAGCGUACACAGUCCUUGGUAUUUUAAUAAUGAGACUGAAACUCUUUUUGACACCACACAUGUGUGUGAUGGCUUCCUUGAUCUGCUCAAGACAGCUGUUCGGAUGGCUCUUUUGCAAAGUACAUCCUGGUGCUGUUGUUUUUGCUGUAUUAGCAGCCAUGUCAAUACAAGGUUCAGCAAAUCUACAAACCCAGUGGAAUAUUGUAGGGGAAUUCAGCAAUUUGCCACAAGAAGAACUUAUAGAAUGGAUCAAAUAUAGUACCAAACCAGACGCGGUGUUUGCCGGCGCUAUGCCCACGAUGGCGAGUGUUAAACUGUCCGCACUCCGGCCCGUUGUCAACCAUCCGCAUUAUGAAGAUGCGGGUUUGAGAGCCAGGACGAAAAUAGUGUACUCCAUGUAUAGUCGGAAAGCAGCUGAGGAAGUGAAGCGGGAACUGAUCAAGUUACAAGUGAAUUAUUACAUUCUAGAAGAGUCGUGGUGUGUGAGAAGAUCUAAGCCUGGUUGCAGCAUGCCUGAAAUCUGGGACGUGGAAGACCCUGCCAACGCCGGGAAGCCUCCCCUGUGCAGCCUCUUGGUGCAGGACUCCCAGCCUCACUUCACCACCGUCUUCCAGAACAGUGUUUACAAAGUCUUAGAAGUUAUAGAAGAGUGACUGCUGCCACAGAGAACCGCAUCAGUAAUGGUUUUCAUGUUUUGCUAAUAACUCAUGCCUUGUUUUUAAUCCAAAUCCCAAAAAAAUUUUAUAGGUAACUGUUUUCAAGUAGGAAAUGUUUUAGCUGCUCAAUUUGAACGUCAUUCUGAUUGUGAAAGUACUUACCCCAUUAUCAGUUUGGGUGCUCUUUCAGUGCACCCCUUAAAAUUUGCUAUGCAAAUGAAUAUAUGCUUGUACUUGACUUAAAAACGUUUGUGCUAAAAUGAGCAAAGCUAUGUGUAUACAAAAUAUGAUGGGUCAUGACAAGGAUGAUAUGAAAACGGUCAAUUCUGAACUGUGUAAGGGGUGGUCUUACAGUUUAUGAACUAUGGAAGCCCCGUGCUUUUUUUUUGCCUCUUUUGGACCUUUCAGUGAUGAUCGUGAGCGCCUCAGUCUUGCUGGCCCCUGUGCAGGUUGGGCAGACGUGGGUCUUUACCGUGUGGAAUUAUCUGUUUAUUUCGUUUCUUCACGUUCUUUUGUUCUCUGUUGCUCUCGUGUGUGAAGCAUUUCCUGCCCACCAUUCCUCCAAACUCUCGCACCUCGCGGUCAGGACACAGUCCUGUACUUACCAGCAGUGUGGCAUUCGCGUGUCUCUCCCCUCUCCCCACUACCCGCUUCUCCCAACAUUCAAAUAAGUGGUAUUUACUCAUUUAGUUUCUUAUCAAGUACUUAUUCUUGGUUUUAAAAAAUUAAUGGCAAUUGUGUGUUUUUCUCAUUUUUAGUAUUAUUCAACAGUGUACAUUUUAAUAUCUUUAAAACCACUUUAAAAUUUUUUCAUGUUUAAUUGUAGUUUUAAGAAAAACUAUUUUGAACAACCUCAAAUGUAGUACGUUAGAAUCUAGUGUAUAUUUCUGUAGCUAUACUUCCAGUGGCAGUAGACUGUAGUAUGUGGUAAUUUUACUAUUAAGAUAUAAUAAAACAUGACUAAUUUUUCUGUCAAAAAGUGAGUGAAUAAUGAUAAGUGAAUGGUAUUUUUCUAUUUUACGUACAAAAUUGCCUGUCUUUAAUAAGACAAAGCCUUAAGCCUUAUAAUUUUGGUUCCAGAAACCAUCGUUUCAGUACGAGGACUGAACAUGUUCAUCCUUCCUCUUUAUGUUUUUCUUCCUAUUUAUUUUUAUUUUGGAAAAUUUCCAAACCUACUUGGAAUUCCUAGUAUGAAUUUUUGCUUCCUAGAAGUUAAUUUGUGUGAAAUGAGUUUCUUCAACACAGUGAAUCCCUUUAUAGUUCUGAAAAAUGGCUCUAAGAUUUUAAAUUCUGAGCCCACCGUGACCCUGGCAGACCACACCUUUAAUUAUACAGUGUUCUCUUUAUUAACCACAGGCACAUUAACCGCACUGUGGAUUGUCCUUGAGACCCGAGUCCUCAGGGAUGGUUUCCGGUGCCCACUCCUGGGGGCCAUCGCAGAGCUGUCCUCUUUCUGCCUCCUCUCCAGAGCCCAAGGACAAGCCUGGUCCGGGGCAGGCACCAGCUCGCUCAGAGCGGACAGCUGCAGACCCCGCCUCGGCUGAGGAGUGCGCGGCCCCCGCCCCCAGCUCGCGUUUCCAGGGAGCCUCCUGCCAGCCCCGAAAUUCCGUCAGUGUCUUCAGGUGCCGGCCCCUCUUUGUCGCUUGCUGGGUGACUUCUAUUUCUUUGGCUUUUGCUGGUUUCAGAAAAUAGGGACGUCGCCGGGGAGCUGUGGCUUAGGAGUAGAAUUGGAGCAACGAUGCAGCAAUCCCGAGAAACGGGAAGAGGCCCCGCCCCGGAGGGUGAGGGUCGCCGGGACGGGAAGAGGCAGGCAUGCUUGGCUCUGUCUACAACUGUUUCUCACCCAAAUAUGGCUGUUUAGUACAUUCAGCAGUUACUGUUUUUUAAGAUGGUACUUUUAAAGUUAGUCUGUGUUCUGCCUGCCCUCCGAUCAUUUCCUUCCUAAUAAGUUCCCGUGUAAUGACUGGAAAUUCUGUACGGAAGAAACAUUAAAAUACUGUUGGGAAAGGGUGAAAGUAGUCAAGUUCGUUGUACUUGAGAAGAAUCCUCUUGUAACGGUAUUUAUUAAUGUGACUCCACCAGCAAGCUGUGAUUCUGUUUUAGGCCAGACAGCUCAGAACAGGGGCCUUGGGCUACGCUGCACUCAGCCUUGGUCACAUCUGGCAGCAGUCGGUGCUGUAGAGUAUAAGUCUCUUUUAUGGCAACAUAGUGUAGUGGUAGGCUUGAUAUACAUGACAAAAAAGUAUUAAAGCUCAGUAUUUUCUGCAUUUAAAAAUAUUUUUGCUUUCGUGUGAGAAAGGUAAGGAUGGGCAAGGAGGCGAUAAAAAAUAGCUAUUGCUAUGACAUAAAAAACAAAGUUGGGGCAGUAUUUCUAUAAAAAGACAAGCCUCUAAACAUGCUUAACAGGAAAGGUGUGUUAAUAUAAGACAAUGAUAUUAAGGAGAAAAUGAAAGGAUGUAUCAGGAAUAAAGUGAUAAUACACAGGGGUAUUGUAUUUUUAUGAAUUUUAUGCCAGUUGUUUACAUGUACUAUGUAUGUUAAAUAAAAAAGAUCAUGAAAGAUA